CAAAAUAAACUUCCGGUGGAUGGACGAGAGAAAUAAAAACUCAAAAUGUUGAGUUUUAACGCCCUGACAACAGAUUUUCAUUAAUUUCUGAAAGACCGAGAAGGUUUCCCACCAACAAAAGUUUGAGCUUGAUAAAUCUCUUCAAAUUCUCUUUAACAGGAGGCUAAAUUGUCACAAUGGUAAAGAUACAGUGGAAACUUUUAGAGUUGCCAUGGAGACUAAAGGCCUCAGCCAUACAGUCAUUCCAAUGGCUACGAUUGUUAAGGCAGACAUUAUUUUACAACCAUUUUACCUCAACAACAGUCAUCAUGGAAACUGCAGCAGAGCCUAUGUUUUGGACUGUUGAUAGAUUUGCAAAAUACUUAGGACCAAUAUUUAUGACAGCAGUAGUAUGUUUAGUAUCAUCUGUUAUAGUAGUAGCCUAUACAUGUUUAUUACCACAAGAAUACACCAAAGGUGUGGCAAGAUGUAUUUUUCAUCUAACUUUUGGUCAUUGGUUAUUAGUUAAUGUUGUGUUUAACUAUGUAAUGGCAGCAUUUACAAACCCAGGAAAUCCACCAUAUGAGGUUCCAGAAACAGUAUCUAUAUGCAAGAAAUGUAUCAGUCCUAAACCCCCUAGAACUCAUCAUUGUAGUAUAUGUAACAAAUGUGUGUUAAAAAUGGAUCAUCAUUGUCCUUGGAUAAACAAUUGUGUUGGAUUUUAUAACCAUCGAUAUUUCUUUUUGUUUAUUGUUUAUUUAUUUAUUGGGGCUAUUUAUGUCUGUGCAGUAGGUUAUGAUUCCUUCAAAGAACAUUUCUAUGGAAAAAAGGAAUAUCCAUUUCCAGGUUUUAUGUAUCCUCUCAAUAUAGCACAUGAAGUUUGGCAGCACACAGCCACAGCAACUGCAGCGCCAUACAAACAUGACGAGAAUGAUUUAGAAAUGGAUUAUGUGGAUGCAUUUUUCCACAAUGCAGUAUUGUACGAGUUUAUUUUAGCCAGUGGUGUUUGUGUGGCUAUAUCACUGUUAUUAGUGUGGCACAUCAAAAUGGUCAGUUAUAAUGAAACAAAUAUAGAAAUCCAUAUCAACAAAAAAGAGAAGGCCAGACUGAAAGCUCUGGGGAUUAAAUUCAAGAAUCCAUACCAUCAUGGAGUAUUAAGGAAUUGGAAAAUAUUUUUAGGAUUAUAUGAUGGAAGAACAAUAUGGAGGCAUAUAUUAUUACCAUCUACUCAUCCACCAGAAGGAGAUGGAUUACGAUGGCCAAAAGCUCAAUAUAAAUAUGACAGAAAGAAAGGAAUAUUGCAGCUCUUAUGACAAAAACUGUAUCAAGGCAAAUAUGAAUGACAAUAUUUAUAAACCAAUUUUAUCAAAGACCAUAGAUAUAUUAUAUAUGUCAUUUAUGAACUGUUUGUGAUCAAAUUUAUUCCAUUAUUGUUUAUUUUAUUGCGAACCAAAUGAAAGUUUUCCACAGAGUCGUCUGCUCUUGACCAGGGUAUUUAAACUUUUGUCUAUUCUCUUGUCCUAUUGAAUAACUACAAAAGCAAUUGUUCUCUGUGUAGAUUUUAUGGCCCCACAACAAAGUUGUCAGUGCUUUAUAGUUAACCCUAGUCCAUCAUUCUGUCAUUCCUCAACAAACCAUUAUACAGACUUUUUUUCUAUGCGCCUUCAGAUAUUGGGCUAAUUUUUGGAAUGUCAGUUAACCAUGAUAAGUAACAGAUCAAGUUGAAGUUUAGUUCCGUUCCGCUGAUUUUUGUCCAAAUUAAAGGUUCAUCUAAAGACAGAUUUUGGACUCUUUUUAAACACUUAAAUGUCUAUUUCACUUGAUUCAAUUAGUUUAUGUGAAAGAUUUUAACUGAGUCAGUCAUUAAAAACGCUCGGAUUCAACCUUAAAUAUGAAAAAUCUAUCAAAUAUGCCAAAAAAACAUCACUUUUCAGAUGUUUUUUGGCAAAAAUGAAAGUGGCUGCAUUCUCAACCUUUAUAUAUGUUUUGUAUUAUCAUCAAAUACAACUUACAAUUCAAUAUUAUGAAUGAACACAAAUGCGGCCACUUUCAUUUAAGACAGAAACCGUCUAAAAUUUAACUACAAUGCUAAAAUUGUGAAGAUUUUAGUAAUUUAGCAUGACUUAAUGAGAUUAGUACCCGAUAUAUGUGCAUUGUAUUGUCAAAAAUAGCCCAUAUUUAUGUAGCAGAAGCAUUUUACUUUCCAAUAAAUAGCUAAAAGAUAACAUUUUCACACUUUUGUAAAACUGCUAUAUUUUGGGGCCAAAAAGGGGUCUUACUGAACCUACUCCUUUAUUUUUAAGCUAUUAUUUGUCAAACACAAAAAAAGCAAACUUUAAAAUAGGUAAAGUAUUGAAAAUUUGAUCAGAGAUCAACUUUUAGUUUUUGAAACAGUGUUUAUAUUGAAACUAUUAAAAAAGUUAUAUUGAUAUUGAAUAAAUACAACACUACAUGCAGUUUUAUGAGACCUUAUUUGUACAUGUAUUUUCAUCAUUGACAGUUCAAUUUUUCGUUCAGGUAAAUUAAUCUGUGAGUGAUAGAUUUCUCCUAGAAGAAAUUUAAAGGUCCCAGUGAAUUAACUACACAGUGAACUAUUUGUUAGAUGGGACAGUUACUUAAAAAAGUUUAAAUCAACAGGUAACUUGCAGGUGAAUCUGUGGAAAAGUAUCAUUGGGUUCACAAUAAUUGUUCAGAUUGAUCCAUGUUUUAUGUUCAUGCCUUUACAUUAUAACAUUCCUCCAGGACUUUUGUGCUUGUGUGUUCUUGUGCAUUGUGUCAGAUACCUCAGGUGAUGAACUAGAAUUUAUUGUUUUAUGUAAAAAAAAUCUUUUGUUUGGGUCUUCCUAUGUAAAGUAUAUCAAUUUAAUAAAAUGUCACAUGACAUAGUUUGUGUAACAUAUAGCUAUAGAGUGCAAAAAUAAAACAUAUAUGAUUGCUUAUUUCAUGCUGAACUCACACACUUCUGUGCAAUAUUUUAUGUUCCUUGACACUUAUUUUGUUUUAACUUGAAAGUGUGGAAAAGUUUAGAUACAUGUAUUUGUAUAACAUUUAUUUACGAUUCUAGGCUUUACCAUACUCAUAUGUAUAUUAAUAGUAUGAAAAUAAUUUGUAUACGUUCAAAUGUAUUUCUUAUCAGUUUGCAUAUUCUUUAAAAAUUACAAAAUUUAACACCAACCUUAACUUUGAUAUACAUGUAUUGCGUUUUAAUGACGUUUAGUAAUAGACUGUAAGAGGCUUUGCAAGCUUUUCUAAUAUUUUGAAAUAUAGCUGUAUAGAAGGGAGAAAUAAAUGCAGCUGUAAUAUC